AUGAAAAGACGCCAAUUCUCCCGCGCACGCAUCGAACGAGAAGAAAACUGUUGUCCAGACGUCCAGACGAAGGCUGCGAACAAGAUGGCAGGACAGGCAGCGAAGAAGGCAGCGAAGGCCAGGGAAGAUGCGGCCAACCUAUACUACCCUAUCAUCUUUGGCGUAAACCUCAUCUACGUGCUGUAUCGAGGCCUGUGGUGCUUUCGAACGUUCGGCCGGUGGCAAGUGUUUGGGCUUGCGGUGACCUCAACGGUGUACUACGUCUGCUAUCACGGAAUGCUAGAGGCCGCGAAAAGUGGCGUGGGUGGGGGAGCGUAUUUCGACGUUUUCGCAGUGUGUGUGGCCGGCCAACUCGUGUCAACCUUCAGUGCGUACGGGACCUACAUAUACAUGUUGGUGCCAGGGUAUUACGCGUGCCUAGCAGGGUAUUGGGUAUUCCGAAAGCUGGGGGGAUGGGUGCGCUCUCAACAAGAACUGAAUGCGAGCGAAGAGCCCUCGGCAGCAGAUCUUAAGCGUCAGGCGAAGAAGGAGAGGAAGGCCGCCAGAGCUCCAAGAGUUAGGAUGCGGUAGCCAGUGCACUUAAAGCCGGAGAACCAGCCCCAGCUUCAACCGACCACGUCUGCAAGGCUUUCGCAGUUCACGUGAACCGGCCCAACCCAACACGACACACAUAAAUGUCCGAUUUCUUGGUGUUGGCAGAGGGCUCUUCCUGUGACCUUGCAACAAUCCGC